UUCAUUUCAAGUGUUGAGGUGAUUGGAAUUGAAACGCUGAGUCCAGUUUCCAAUCUCACAAAUCCUGUAACAAUCUCAUUUCCCUACAAUCCACAAAAAAAUUCUACUCAUCGAUGUGUAUUCAGGGACAAUAAAGAUGGCAAAGAUUUCUGGAGCGAAACUGGGGUUGAAACUGUUUAUGAAGAUGAUAAAAUCAGUUGCAAAAGUUAUCACUUGAGUUUCUUUGCUGUACUAGUGAGCCCCGGUAACAUCACUCUCAGUGCAGAGACCUUGAAAUCUCUGACAUAUAUCUCAUACAUUGGCUGCGGGAUUUCCUUCUUUUUCUUGUGCGUGGCCCUGUUCAUGCACUGCAUGUUGAGGAAAGCCAAGUCCGAUAAUACCACUUCAAUCUUCAUAAACCUGUGCGCUGCUCUGGCCUUGCUAAAUCUCAGCUUCCUGCUUAAUGAGUGGCUGGCAAACAUGAAUAACAAGGGACUCUGCAGUUUCAUCGCAGGCACCAUGCAUUAUACCCUGCUCUGUACCUUUACCUGGUUUGGAAUUGAAGCUUUCCACUUGUACCUGCUGAUGAUAAAGGCCUUCAACAUCGAGAUAAAGCAUUAUCUGAGGAAGCUGGCUGUUGUUGGCUGGGGACUACCAUUGCUAGUUGUCAUGGUGAUUGGAAGUUUGGGCAAGUAUGGAAAAUACAGCAUAUCCACUAAGGACGGGAAAUCUGUUUACAUGUGUUGGUUGAUAGAUCCCUUAGCCCAGUACAUCACCAAUAUUGGCUACUAUGCAGUGCUGUUUGUCUUUAACCUGGUGAUCUUCGCUGCAGUGGCAGUGAGAAUCAUUCGUCUGAGAAAGGCAGGUCCUGACUCACAAAAGGGGGCUGUCAAGAAAAAUGCAUGUAUCCUGUUUGGCUUGAGCUUCUUACUGGGCAUAACAUGGGGAGUGAUGUUCUUCAGCUUUGGACCCCUUCAAGAGCCUUCAUUUUAUAUCUUUUGUAUCCUGAAUUCGCUGCAAGGUUUCUUUCUGUUCGUGUGGUACUACAAUUCAAGUCAAAUUCCGAAGCCAUUGGACCCAAUCAGCCUGAAACCUUUCAGCACUUCCAGCAACAUGGACAUAGAGACAGGGAGACCUUGUUAAAAACACAUGUCUCCUCAAACAUGCGUUAAAGACAUAGCAGGGCUGGGAUGAGGUGGUUUUCUUAUAAAGGUUUGGAUUCACAGACCCCGAUUAACAUUUCUUUACUACUGCAUUAGAUGCUCCAAGAUUCGUGCUAAUCAGAGCCUGUGAAGAAUUCAUCUUAACCCAGGAUAAAACUUUUGGCACAAUAGUACCCUAACUCUUUUCUGAUACAAUUGUAUACUUACAUAUA